AUGACUACAUCUGGAGUGGUCCUACUCUCAUUCCGAGUGGGACGAGUGGCGAUCUGUGGCGAUAUCGCCGAGAUGUUCCACCAGAUCCGAGUGAGACCAGCAGACACCCAUGCGCAAAGGUUUCUGUGGUUCGACAGCAAAUCCGAGAGGCAAGAGCCUAACGUCUAUGUUAUGGAAGCGCUUACUUUCGGAAUCAAUUGCGCACCCUGCAUUGCACACUUUAUUCGUGACAAAAAUGCAGAUCGAUUCUGCCAACAGUACCCUCAAGCAGCACAAGCCAUGAAGGACUACCACUACGUGGAUGAUUUUAUAUACAGCGGCGACAACUACGUGGAAGUCGGAAACAUCGCAACUCAAGUCAGAGACAUCCAUGCAUCAGGUGGUUUCCACAUACGCAAUUGGUCUUCGAACUCAAAGGAGGUCCUACGAAUACUAAAGAGCGAUUCGCUACUCCCCGAAGCUGUCGAAAUUACCGCAACAGAAAAGGUUCUCGGCUUAUAUUGGAUGCCGCACUCCGACGUAUUCACAUUCAUCUGCAAGUUCGCCAGGCUGAAGCGCAACGUUUUAGACAGUGACAAAACACCAACCAAACGCGAGCUCUUGCAAGUACUUAUGUCAAUCAGCGAUCAAAUCCAUGAUGUCCAGUUGCACACGUUCGUUGACGCCAGCGAAUUGGCAUACGCAGCAGUCUGCUACCUUCGGAUACGCCAGGGGGAAAGAACCUACCUCAGCUUCGUGGCCUCCAAGGCGAAAGUGGCACCGUUGAGUCCACUAUCUAUACCAAGGAUGGAACUGCAGGCCGCAGUUAUCGGAGCAAAGCUGAGUAACCGAAUCCAACGCAAUCCAAGUUUGUCAAUUAACUCGAGUUGUUAUUGGUCCGACUCAAAGACUGUUCUCAAAUGGCUUCGUAUGGAUCCACGAAAGUUUCAGCAAUUCGUCAUGCACCGCGUGGGCGAAAUACUGGAAUUCACAAACGUUAGCCAAUGGAACUGGGUUCCAACCAACCUUAACCCUGCAGAUCUUGCUACUAAAACAAACAACGCCAAUAAAUAUAAAACUUGGCUACACGGUCCAGAAUAUUUGCUGCAGGAUCAACACGAGGGGCCAAAAUGCGAUGAUUUGGGGCCACCAAACAAUGCUGAAGUCAGGCAUAACAUACUCUUCAUCGACAAUUCGCCGAUGGAGCUAAAACUUAACGCGGAAUAUUUUUCCGACCGGCGCAGGCUAUAUCGAGCUUUAGCGCGCUUUAUUCUCUACAUUGAGAAACUGAAAGCGAAACAAAAGAAGGCAUCGCCACCUACAGAGAUGAAAACCAGCUCCUACGUACCCGAGGGCGAGCAGAAAACCUAA